CAUCCUUCAGUUGACUAUUAACACACGGAACAUACAGUAAUUUGUGUUCUUAUUAUAUUUUCUAUUUCAAAAACCAUUUUCACAAUUCUGAAAUAUUUUCAGAUUUUCAUAUCAUUAAGAAGAAGAUGAAGAUCAUGGUUUCCAUCAAACGGGUAGUUGACUACGCCGUCAAAAUCCGUGUCAAAUCCGACAAGAAUAGAGUGGGGUGGAGACAAAAAAUGUGAAGAUGUCAAUGAACCCAUUUUGCGAAAUAGGACUUGAAGAAGCCUUGAGAAUAAAAGAAUCAGGGAUUGGUUCUGAAGUGAUUGCUGUUAGUAUGGGCCCGGUUCAAUGUGUGGAUACUCUCCGAACCGGUCUAGCUAUGGGUGCUGACCGUGCUAUACAUGUGGAUGCACCAUCUACUCUUAACCCACUUUCUGUUGCCAAGAUUCUUAAAGCACUUGUUGAUCUCGAAAAACCCGGGUUAUUGAUUCUUGGCAAACAGGCCAUUGAUGAUGAUUGCAAUCAAACAGGGCAGAUGGUAGCCGGGCUUUUAAACUGGCCUCAAGGGACCUUUGCCUCCAAGGUUGUUUUGGACAAAGAAAAGAAUGUAGCAACAGUUGAUCGAGAGGUGGAUGGUGGCCUUGAAACUUUGUGUUUAGACUUGCCUGCCGUUAUCACCACGGAUCUAAGGCUGAACCAGCCAAGGUAUGCAACACUCCCCAACAUAAUGAAGGCAAAGUCAAAACCAAUCAAGAAAAUGACACCAGAGGAGUUAAAGGUAGAAUUGAGAUCUGAUAUAGAUGUUAUUCAAGUCACCGAGCCCCCCAAAAGAAAGGCAGGGGUUAUACUUUCUUCGGUUGACGAAUUAGUAGACAAGCUCAAGAAUGAAGCCCAUGUAAUCUAAAUAUCAAGUCUACAAUUCCCAUCAAAAUCAUUGUCAACCUCGUGAUCGUUUAUUAUAGGUAAAUGGAAAAAAAAAAGGCAUCUUUACACUUUGUCAUUUCUCCUAAUGUUGUGUUUUUCUUGCAUAAUUGAUGAGGUUGAUGGUAACUUUGAUGGAUGGAUGUGUUUUUAGUCUUAA